AUGUCGCAGCAACAAACCGCCAGCACUACCGCCGGCACCGCCGCCGUCGCCGACUUCAAGUUCCCACCAGAAUACUACUUCCCGGCCUUCUUCACGCGCCAGACCAACCUGACCACUCACCACGCCCAGCUGCGCACCUGGGCCGCCCUCGUCCUCUCGUACGCGCGCCGCCACCGCCUCUUUCGCCUCCGCCUCUCCGAGGCCGCCGAGUCGGACCUCUUUUACAACCGCCGUCUCGAGCGCCGGCUGCAGCCGCCCGACAUUCGGGAGCUGAUGGACGCCAUGGUCAAGAACGGCGAGGCAGAGUACCUAGCAGCGGCUCCGGCGGAGCAGACGCAGGACGUGGUGCUCGUGUACUGGAAGAGGCCCGAGGAGUGGGCGGCCCUGGUGGAGGCGUACGUCGAGGAGACGGCGCAAAAGGGCAGCGUCAUGACCGUGUAUGAAAUAUCCGAAGGCGACGGGACGCGAAAUACGGAACUUCACGGCAUCGAUGCCGAAAUCCUGCGCAAGGCCCUCAACAUACUCGUCAAGCGCGGCAAGGCGCAAAUUUUUGGCCAGCAAGACUCUCUCGGCGUAAAAUUCUUCUGA